AUUUGUCACCAAGUUGAAAACUAAGCGCCAACUAUGAAGAUUGCCUUAUUUUACAACGUGCUGUUCUGUCUAGGUGUCUGCUCUUUGGCUGCACCACAGUGGCCAGGAAUUGGGUCUUCGGGUUACGGCUUUGCACCCUGGGCAGGAUAUGGAAACUACGGCUCAUCAAGUGCCAGCGUCGCAGCCAGCAGCAGCAGCAGUAGCAGCGGCGGCUUCCUGGGCUAUGGUACGCAAGGAUAUGGCUAUGGCUGGCCAGGCUAUGGCUACGGGUAUGGCAACUACGGCGGAGGCUACCAGCAGCAGUACAAUCAGUAUCAGUACAGUGGGUACAAUAACUACGGUUCUGGAAACGGUCUUGGCUAUCCGUUCGGCUAUGGCAGAUAAUUCAGUAAAUAAUUGGAUAUGCAUAUGAAUGUGAAUGUUUGCAUAUGUUAAGCUUUUAACUGCUGGAAAUUUCAGUUUGGAUUUUGUUUGAUUUCUUUUUUGUUGGACUUUGUUUUUUCUUCUUUGGAGGUCAAUAAAACGAAAAUACCCAAGCA